UUCGAAUAUAGGCUAUGCAAGUGUGAAAUACAGAGUAACUGAGAUUUUCUUCAACCUAUCUUCUUCAACCUAAUUUCAGUUUUCUGACGGAAAAAUUUUCAUACAAUCAGCAAGUUUGCUUGGGAAACGUGAAUAUUAGAUUGAAAUCUCGUUUCCCAUUCGUUUCCGGGAUGAAUUCAGUUUCAAACACGUCUCUAUUUUUCUGAAACGGUUUCGGCGCGCGUUUCCCGGUUUCCCCGUUCCAGGACGUUUCGGAAACGGAAAUUUCAUGAGCAAAUUCGAGUAUAGUUCCAGAUGAAUAGAUACUGGCCACUCUUUUCCAAAUUUAGACGGUUCCAUAAUCGACAUUGUGAUCUACAUAUUAGUCGGCGUAAUGAUAUUGCUUCUUGUCAAGGAACAAACGUAGGAGAAAUUGCCUUUUGUGGGAGACAGUAUUCUAGUGUUGGAGUGGAACAGAUUCCAGAAAAUAACCAGGAUAUUCAUUCAGAUGGGAUGUAUGAAUAUCCUCGAAAUCUUAAUGACUUACAUACACCAGGUGAUUCCGGUCUUAGAGCUGCGAGUGUAAAUUACAAGCAGAAUACAGGACACUUUCAGCAUCAUUCUAGCCCAACAAGUCAUUAUGUUACAAAUGAAUGGACGAGUCCACAAAAUCUUGGUCACCAUAGAGUGGAUACAACAGCAUUUCAGCAGACUAGUAACCACCAGACUCUGAGUACUGGUCAGUAUCAGCAAAGUCCAAGUAAUAUGUAUAUGGAAAAUGGAGUAAAAAACCCUACUGGUAAUUACCAGCAACAACAUGUGGAUGGUAGAUCUAGUUGGAAUUCACAUCACCAACCAGAUGCUGGUGGAUAUCGCAAUACUAAUUUGGGACCUCAUCAACAGAACUUCAAUGGAUCUCAUCAUCCUGUAACUCCUAACACACUUCCUCAGCCACAAGCAAGUGCUGCGCCUCAUAAUAUAGGAAAUGGAGUAGCAAACCCCCCUGGUAGUUACCAGCAAGAACAUAUGGACAGUAGUUCUAGUUGGAAUUCACAUCACCAAGCAAAUCCUGGUGGAUAUCGUAAUACUAAUUUGGGACCUCAUCAGCGGAACUUCAAUGGAUCUCAUAGUCCUAUGACUCCUGACACACUUCCUCAGCCGCAAGUAAAUACUACGCCUCAUAACAUGGGAAAUGGAGUAGCAAACCCCACUGGAAAUAAUCAGGAAGAACGUGUGGACAGUAGAUCUAGUUGGAAUGCAAACCACCAAACAAAUGCUGGUGGAUAUCGUAAUACUAAUUUGGGACCUCAUCAGCAGAAUUUUAAUGGAUCUCAUAGUCCUAAGACUCCUAGCACACUUCCUCAGCCACAAGUAAGUGCCACUCCUCAUUGGCAAUCAGUUGAAAGUGAUGAAUUUGAUGAUGUUGAGGGCACACUUGAAGAGUUGGAUGUUUUCUGCGAGGAUUGGGAUCUUGAACAUGCUGUAAAAUCCAUGAGAAAGCUGAGCAAGAAAGGAGUUUAUAUAGACAUGCCUCGUUACUUGAUUCUGAUAGAUGCAUGCGGGAAGGCCAAAGCUCUAAAAGAAGCUCAAGAUGUUCAUCAGAAUCUUAUCAAAUUUGCCUCUCCUGUUAAAGUUAGCAUCUUUAACAAGAUAUUGGAGAUGUAUGGGAAAUGUGGUUCAAUGGAUGACGCCUACUAUACAUUCAACAAUAUGUCUGAGCGUAAUUUAACAUCAUGGGACACGAUGAUUACUUGGUAUGCUAAAAAUGGUCUUGGAGAAGAUGCCAUUGAUAUGUUCACCAAGUUUAAGGAAGCAGGGCUGAAACCAGAUGGUCAGAUAUUCCUUGGUAUAUUUGAUGCUUGCGGAGUUCUGAAUGAUGUUACCGAGGGAUUGCUACAUUUUGACUCAAUGACCAAGAUACAUAGCAUUACUCCGACCAUGGAUCACUAUGCCAGCAUAGUACACAUGUUCGGCAGUGCAGGUGAUCUAGAAGGAGCAUUGGAGUUCAUUGAGAAAAUGCCUGUUGAGCCUAGUGUAAGUGUCUGGGAAAGCCUAAUGAAUAUUGCUAGGGUCCAAGGAAACAUUGAAAUGGGGGAUCGUUGUGCUGAAAUAGUGAAGCAGCUGGAUCCUGAUCGCUUGAGCAAGGAGUUGAAAGAUGGGCUCCUGCCGGUUAAUGUUUCAGACACUCCGAAGAAGAAGGUGAAGAAGCAUAAUCCAUUGGCACAGACAAAGCAUGAAUACAGAGCAGGUGAUCGAUCACAUCCAGAGAAUGACAAGAUUUAUACAGUUCUGAGGGGAAUAAAAGAAUCAGUAAAAGAAGCUGGGUAUGUAGCAGAGACCAAAUUUGUUCUUCAUGACAUUGACCACGAGGGCAAAGAGGAAGCUAUUAUGGCUCAUAGCGAGAGGCUUGCUUGCACCUAUGCACUUCUUACCAACCCAGCACGCAUGCCACUUCGAAUAAUUAAAAACCUUCGUGUUUGUGGGGAUUGCCACAAUUACUUUAAGAUAAUAUCAAAACUCGUAGGUAGGGAGGUUAUCAUGAGAGAUGCUAAGAGAUUCCAUCAUUUCAAAGAUGGAAAAUGUUCCUGCAAUGACUACUGGUGAAUGAAUAUGUUUUGACAGCCAAAGGUUCCUAAAUCACAGAAAAGUGAACUGUUCGUGGCUAGCCAGCUCCAUGGUCUUGCCCACCCUCAAAUUGUGUCAAGAUAAACACUGAUGCUCACUGUCUGCAAGGGACGAAGGCGGGGCUUGGGGUUUUUGUGCGAGACGGAAAUGAUGAGUUGCUUGUGACUUCUAUGAAGAAGAUCGAGGCUACUACACCAGAAAUUGCGAAGUGGUUUGUGUACAACCGAGUUUUGAUCAAGAGUGAUGCCAUUGAUUUGGUUCGUGCAACAAACAGUACGUAUAUGUGUUUCCUUCUUUCCCUCCAUUUGAUGUUUGAGGAUAUUAAGAACUAUAGCUUAUUGUUAGAUUUAUUUGUUACAAACUACAAAGUAUUUCACAUGUUUAACAUGCAUAUAAUAUACAAGUAAUAUUCUAGGUCACUUAGGCAAGGUGGGGACACAUAUGGUAGUGAUGAGCAUAUUUGUAUUGGUUACUUCCACAGAGUCUCUUUAGCUUUGGUGAAACUUGAUUUACAUUAAUAAAUUGCCCGGGCUUACAAUUCCUUUAAAAAAA